AUGUCUAUCGAGCUCAACUGGGAGACUCUGACGCAAGGGCCCGAUGGCGAUGAGCUGAAGAACCGGAUUCGGGACUUCAUCCACGCAAAGUUUCAGACGGUGCCACUGCCGCGCUUUAUCAAGUCCGUCACCGUCCACGACUUCCAGUUCGGAUCCAUUCCGCCCGAACUGGAACUUAAGGACAUCACAGAUCCCCUGCCCGACUUUUACGAGGAGGAUCCGGACGCGGAUUAUGACGACGACGAUGACGACGAUGACGACGAGAGCGACGGCGCGGGCAGGGAGGAGGUAGCAACGGUGCACAGCGAUCCCUAUCACGGGCCCGGGGGCAGCCCAGAGGACCACCGGUCCAGCUACGGGUCGUCGUCUCCGCUGCGGCCCAGCGGGGGUAGCAGCAGCCUCGACCCGGGCCGGUGGCCCCGAAGCGGGCCGGGAGGGAGGCAGCCCGGCGGCGGCGGCGGCAGCAUCAACAUCAACACGCGGCUGCGGGGCGAGGCGCCGGCGCAGGACCUGACGUCACCGUUCUUGGGCACGUCGACGCCCGGCAUCCUCUCGGGCGGCACCUCCAACUUCUCCUACUUCCACUCGCACCUGGCCUCGUCCGGGUUGUCGGGCACCCAGACCCCGCUCGCGGCCGUCGCCGGCGCCCACCGCGUGCACCCGCCCUGGCUCGACGUCCACGGCUUCCGCGGCGGGGGCAACGGCGGCGGCAGGGGCGGGAUGCAGCAGCAGAAUCAGCGGGAAGACAGCAGCAGUAGUAGGGGCAGCAGCAGGCACAAGCCUGCCGCUGGCUCUCCCGUGCUCGAGGUCGACGGCUUCACGCCCUCGCACAGCCGCCACGGCUCCGCGGCGCGGAGGGGCUCGCCGCCGGGUGUGGCGGGGCCCGGGCUGGCGCCGCUGCAGCCGCGGCUGCGCGAGAAGCACAGCGUCAGCACCCUCGCGCCCACGAGCGUGGGCAACAACUCGCGGCCGCCGACGCGGGAGAAGCCGGUGGCCAAGUCGGAAGAUGGCGUCGACGACCACAACGAUGGCGGCGGGGCCGGGGCCAGGGGGGCGGCAGCAGGAACGGCGGCGGCGGCGGCGGCGGCGGGAGGCAACAACGACCCCGCCGACCAGCAGCACCGCGAGGACGGGCGGCGGUUCCGGGAGCAGCGCAUCGAGGACCUCCAGGCCGUGUUCCGCAUCCGCUACGCCGGCGACGUCAGGCUGCUGCUGACGGCCGACAUCCUGCUCGACUAUCCCAUGCCCAGCUUCGUCGGCAUCCCCGUGCGCCUGAGCAUAACUGGCCUCACCUUUGACGGCGUUGGCGUCCUGGCCUACAUCCGCAAGCGGGUGCACUUUUGCUUCCUCAGCCCUGAGGACGCUGUCGCCAUCACGGGCAGCGGCGAUACCGAGGUCGGCGACGACGCGGGCGCCGAGGUGGGCGGCGGCGGCGGCAGCGCCGAGGGGCAAACGCAAUCGCAGCAGCAGCAGCAAGAACAACAGCAGCAAUCGCCACCACCACCGCGACGCGAAGGACGAAGUCGCGUCACUAGUGGUGCGUCGACUGUCGGAGGCGAAAGCACCACGAGGAUGGGCGGUCUGCUUCAGGAGAUCAGGGUAGAAAGUGAGAUCGGCCAGCGAGAGAGCGGGAAGCAGAGUCUCAGGAACGUGGGCAAGGUGGAACGGUUCGUGCUCGAGCAGGUCAGGAGAAUAUUCGAGGAGGAAUUUGUCUAUCCUAGCUUCUGGACCUUUUUGGUAUAA